GCAGUUGUUUGGUUUUGGUGACGGUGGCGGCUGUGGGGUAUAGCUGGGAGUGCUUUGAGUUUACGUUACAGGGAGAAACAGUUCUGAUAAACGUCACCAGAAAAAACAGUUAAGCUGCCAAAAUACACUCAGAACCAUCGAACAGCAGCGGAGUUCAGAUCCGUUGAGUGGACAGGGGUAAUAUCCAUUUAAUUUCAGUUAUCUGGGCCUGGCGAGGGAGGAUAAUCCCCGGGCUCACCUGUGGAUUGUGGCCGGGAAAAGGUGGGGGAGAGCGAGGACGGGGAGAGGCGGAGAGGAGCCGUGGAACUCUAUCUUUGGAAUAGGAAGCUUAAUGCUGAUUGUCUGUACUCCGGAGGCCGAAAUAGUACGACAAAAAGUUAACGAUUAACCAGCAGCUGUACUGUGAGCAGACGACUGGAGUAAACGAACCAGCUGAUUUGGAAGUUUAUUUUCUUUAAGUGCAGGUUUUGUUUUUCUCUGUUAUCUCUUAUUUGUACUGCUGGCUGAGAUGCUUACAACCUGUCUAUUGGAAUAAGAGUUUUCCUCAAUGGGGAAAAGCAUAUAGUUGUAGUACGCGCAUAGAUAGUAGUUAAGGUCUAACUUUGAUUAUCCUCGGUUUACUUUUUCCUCUUAAGUUUACUAGUUACCAGUAUUGCUACUAGUAACCGUUUGCUUUCCUGAUUAAUAUUUCAUUAAUGAUUUACUGUGUGUGCUCAAGAUUUAGCUUCUUUUCUACACCAGGCCAUCUCUCUAUUAAUAUACUGAUGGGACCGGUUUUAAUAAUAAAGCGAAUUAUUUGUUUGGAUGCUGCUGUUUUUUAAACGCUAGAUGUAUUCCAGCAGAGAAAUCCAAGCACAUCUCUUUAGUAUUUUUCUGCUUUUGCAAUUUUAACUCUCUUCAAGACAUUAAGAUCUAGUGCCACAGCAUUUACUUUAUUCAGUAACUAAAUAAAAAUGAACCGCUAUCUGCCAGUUGCCCGCCAACACUUUCUGGCUGCCCUAGCCAGCACCAGCGUGGUGGUCAAAGCCAUCUGUGCCGUAGUCAUCCUUUUGUACCUGCUGUCUCUAGUGGUGGACACUGUCUACGUGCUGGGGGUGACACCUGGCUUUCUCUUUCCCCCGAACUUCUGGAUCUGGACCCUAGCCACCCACGCGGUGACAGAACAGCACGUGUGGGAUGUGGUGGUUAGCCUGGCCACGGUGAUCGUGGCUGGGAGGCUGCUGGAGCCCCUGUGGGGUGCCCUGGAGCUGCUCAUUUUCUUUGCCGUCAUCAACGUCUCCGUGGGCCUGCUGUCCGGCUUCUCUUACCUGCUCACCUACAUGUCCACCUUCAACCUGGACUACCUGUUUGAGGUGCGGGUCCACGGCAUGCUGGGCUUCUUGGGAGGAGUGCUGGUGGCCCUCAAGCAGACGAUGGGUGACUCCACAGUGCUGCGCGUGCCCCAGGUGCGGCUCAAGGUGGCCCCCAUGCUGGUGCUGCUGGCCCUGGCUGUCCUGCGCUUCACCACGUUGAUUGACACCACGGCCCCACUAGCAGCGUACGGCUACGGCGUGCUGUCCGGGUGGGUGUACCUGCGGUUCUACCAGAAGCACAGCCGUGGCCGGGGGGACAUGUCGGACCACUUUGCCUUUGCCUCCUUCUUCCCAGAGAUCCUGCAGCCACUGGUGGGCCUCCUGGCUGGGCUGGUGCACAGCGUACUGGUCAAGGUGAAGGUGUGCCGCAAAACCGUCAAGCGGUAUGACGUGGGAGCGCCUUCCUCCAUCACCAUCAGCCUGCCCGGCACCGACCCUCAAGAUGCUGAGAGAAGAAGGCAGCUUGCCCUGAAGGCUUUGAACGAACGUCUGAAGCGAGUGGAGGACCAGUCUGCCUGGCCGAACAUGGAGGAGGAGGAGGAGGACGAAAGUGGAGCUGACGCGCCGCUCCUCCCUGGACGUGAGGCCCCAUCCACUGCUGGGGCGGGCGGGGGCCAGGAGUCCGGCAUCAUCAGCUUCGAGGACGCACCUUUACAGUCCUAAUGCCACAGCGAAGACAAGACUGACAUGAGACCAACAGAGAGAGAUAUGAAUUCAGCUCCUUACCAUCAUGAGGACCUCCUUGCACUUGUUAAUGGGAAAAGUAACAGUUAAAACAAAGUGUGUGUGUGUGUAUAUAUAUUAUAUAUA